AUGAAUCGCCGAUCCCAUAGAAAGUCGAGGAAGGGAUGUUUGCAGUGUAAAUCAAGACAUAUCAAGUGUGAUGAAACUCAUCCAGAAUGUGUCAAUUGCAAGACGGCGAGUCACACAUGCUCUUAUAAGAUUACUGCAAGCACCAAUACCAGCAAGGUCACGACCCCAGAAUCAACAUUUACCAAUUCACCAACUCCAACUUCCCAAAGUGACCCACAAAUACCACAUGGGCCCUUGUUGCAACCGGAACCUCCAUCAUUGCCCCCAUCAUUACCUCAGUCAUAUGUGAACUUCACACAUCUAGAGCUGUUACAACAUUGUUAUGAAGAUCGAGAAUUUCUGUGGGAUGGGCAAUUUCGAGACCAUACUUUCAGGAUAAUCAAACAUGCUCAAAGGGCCCCGUUUCUUAUGUACGAGCUUCUUGCUUGCUCAGCACUGCAUUUGAGUAUCAUUCGUCCUGAUCAAUUCCAAAUUUAUCACGAUGAAUCUACAAUAUUGCAACAACAAUCAAUCAAAAUGUUUAACGAAUCGGUACAAGAGGUGGAUCAUGAAAAUCUGAUCUCGGCCUUUGUGUAUUCCGGAAUUUUGGGACUUCAUUUCUUUGUGGACACAUUUUCUAUGCCUGGUUCGGACUUGAAUCAAUUCAUUGAUAAACUAGUUCAAGCGAUUAAAUUGAUGCGUGGAGUGAGAGUUUGCUUCCUUGGGUGGUGGGAUGUUUUAAUGGAAUCUGAGAUUCGUGAACUAUUGCAAUUUGGCAAUGCAGAUUUGGAGCACACUGAUGAAUAUGUGGAACAUCUUCUCGCACUUCAAGAAAAGCUACCUGAGAUUCCUGGUAUGGAGGAAGCGGAACUCGGGGUGUUGCGUGAUACUAUACAUCAGUUAAAAUGGGUGUAUAUAUCAAGUUUCUUUGAGAUUCAUAACGGAAGUCCUCAACCUAGAAUGAUUACCACAUGGCCAAUUACGCUGCCAAAGGAGUAUACAGAUCUUCUCGAUGAAAGAAGGCCCGGAGCAUUGAUUGUACUAGCGUAUUAUAGUAUUCUACUACACGUUUGUCGAGACAACUGGGCAGUAGGCAAUGCUGGGAAAUUACUGUUGGCAGUGGUCGAAACUUAUCUUGGUAGAGAUUGGGAAUCAUGGUUGGAAUGGCCGAGAUCGAAAGUCCCUGAAACUGUUUGA